GCGCCUGCCGGCCCGGACCCGCCGCUCGGCGCGCGCAAGUCCAGGAGGGCGCCCAGGGGGCGCCGCUUCCCCUUGAGCUCCGCUGGGGGGCUGGUCCAGCCGCGCGGAUCCGGGCGGAAAGAGUCGGGCGGAGCGGGCGGCGGGGCAGGCGGCUGCUUGACAGCUGUGAGCCGAGCGGGCGCGCGGGCAGGUCCGCGGGAAGCGUACACGCUCAAGGUCAUGCCCUGACCACAGCUGCCCUUCAGGAGGCUGGCACGGAGCCACCCGGGGUCAUUGGGCUGUUUGUCAAGGGUGCGGCAGCAGCGGCUUGCCACUCUUCCUCCAUGAGCCCAGCCAGAGCCUCCACUGGGCACUUAGCACAAGAAAAACCCUGCAGGAGCCAGAGUCCAGAGUGUUGGGAUUCAGCAGGAGUGCCAGGAGAACUCCACACAGCUGUGCUGCCUCCUCUCCUGCCAGGCGUGUGGCUGGACACGAGUCUUGCUGAUGGUGGAAUUCAAGUCACCAGUGGCCAAAGUACCCUCCAGGUGUGAAGAGUUGCAGGUCCUCUGAGGAGCCAGGAGCUGCAAGGUUCUGAAAAAGACUUCAAGAAACUGACUAAUCUCAAUGGCUGCCCCUGAUGGGAGGGUAGUCUCCAGACCCCAAAGACUUGGUCAGGGGUCUGGCCGGGGGCCAAAGGGGCGUGGAGCCUGCCUGCAUCCCCUGGACAGCCUGGAGCAGAAGGAGACUCAGGAGCAGACGCCGGGCCAGCUAGACAUGCUGAGGAAGGCACAGGAAUUCUUUCAGACCUGUGAUGCUGAAGGCAAGGGCUUCAUCGCCAGGAAGGAUAUGCAGAGGCUGCAUAAGGAGCUACCGCUCAGCCUGGAGGAACUGGAGGAUGUGUUUGAUGCCCUGGAUGCUGAUGGCAAUGGCUAUCUGACCCCAGAGGAGUUUACUGCUGGAUUCAGUCACUUCUUCUUCAGACAGAAUAACCCAAGUCAGGAAGAUGCAGGUGAGCAGGUGGCCCAGCGCCACAAAGAGAAGGUGUAUCAGUCCAGAGGGAACGAGGAUCUGGGAGACAUGGGCGAAGACGAGGAAGCCCAGUUCCAGAUGCUGAUGGACAGACUUGGAGCCCAAAAGGUUUUGGAAGAUGAAAGUGAUGUCAAGCAGCUGUGGCUGCAGCUGAAGAAGGAUGAACCUCAUUUGCUAUCCAACUUUGAAGAUUUCCUGACCAGAAUCUUCUCCCAGCUCCAAGAAGCCCAUGAGGAGAAGAAUGAACUGGAGUAUGCCCUAAAAAGGAAAAUUGCUGCUUAUGAUGAAGAAAUCCAGCAUCUCUAUGAGGAGAUGGAACAGCAAAUCAAAAGUGAGAAGGAGCAGUUUCUCCUGAAGGACACAGAGAGGUUUCAAGCCCGCAGUCAAGAGCUGGAACAGAAACUGUUAUGUAAGGAGCAGGAGCUGGAGCAGCUCACCCAGAAGCAGAAAAGGCUGGAAGGUCAGUGCACAGCCCUGCAUCAUGACAAGCAUGAGACCAAGGCUGAGAAUACCAAGCUGAAACUUACCAACCAGGAGCUGGCCCGGGAGCUGGAGCGGACCUCCUGGGAGCUCCAGGAUGCUCAGCAGCAGCUGGAAAGCCUUCAGCAAGAGGCCUGCAAACUCCACCAGGAGAAGGAGAUGGAAGUGUACCGCGUGACAGAGAGUCUACAGCGCGAGAAGGCCGGGCUCCUCAAGCAGCUGGAUUUCCUAAGGGAAAGGAACAAGCACCUUCGGGAUGAACGGGACAUAUGUUUUCAGAAAAAUAAGGCAGCCACGGCAAACACAGCUGCUUCCAGGGCAAGCUGGAAAAACAGAUCUGGCUCCGUGAUAGGCAAAUAUGUGGAUGGCAGAGGGAUUCUUAGGAGCCAGUCAGAGGAGGAGGAGGAGGUGUUUAGCAUCCCAAGGAGAAGCUCCCUGGGCCUGAGUGGAUAUCCCCUAACAGAAGAGGAGCCAGGAACCGGGGAGCCAGGGCCUGGGGGUCCAUACCCCCGGCCUCUCCGCAGAAUCAUCUCCAUUGAAGAAGACCCCCUGCCCCAGCUCCUGGAUGGCGGCUUUGAGCAACCCCUGAGCAAAUGCCCAGAAGAGGAAGAGGUCUGUGACCAAGGGGCACAGGGACAAAUCCAGGAGGCCCCACCCCUGAAACUCACCCCCACGUCCCCCCGAGGGCAGCCUGUUGGAAAAGAAGCUGUGUGUAAGGAGGAAAGCUCUCCCUCUGCCCCCGACCGGCUCUUCAAGAUUGUGUUCGUCGGCAAUUCCGCGGUAGGGAAGACGUCCUUCCUGAGGAGGUUCUGUGAGGGCCGGUUCUCCCCAGGCAUGGCGGCCACUGUGGGCAUUGACUACCGUGUGAAGACGGUGAAUGUGGACGACUCUCAGGUGGCCCUGCAGCUGUGGGACACGGCUGGGCAGGAGAGGUACCGGUGCAUCACCCAGCAGUUCUUCAGAAAGGCCGAUGGUGUCAUCGUCAUGUACGAUCUCACAGACAAGCAGUCGUUCCUGUCCGUCCGGCGGUGGCUGAGCAGCGUGGAGGAAGCUGUGGGAGACCGGGUUCCUGUUCUUCUGCUGGGUAAUAAGCUUGACAACGAGAAAGAGCGGGAAGUCCCCCGGGGCCUCGGAGAGCAGCUUGCCAAGGACAACAAUCUGAUCUUCUAUGAAUGCAGCGCCUACUCUGGUCACAACACCAAAGAGUCCCUGCUCCAUCUGGCCAGGUUCCUCAAGGAGCAAGAAGACACAGUGAGAGAGGACACCAUUCAGGUCGGCCACCCUGCUAAGAAGAAAUCCUGCUGUGGCUGAUAGGGUCCUACCAGGACGGCCCCCAGCAAGCCUGAGGUCACAGAGCCUGCCCUGAUCCUGCACACGGCUCCUGCACAGAUGCCGCCCACGGGGGCCCGCCCAGUCCUUUUCUUUGUCAGUCACUCGCCUCCCCCAAAAGGAAGGGAAGCACAUCCCAUCAGGAGAGCUGCUCUUGGAGCAUCUCAGAGUCUUUUCUGUCCUUUCUCUUUCCAGACCCCAGAUGCCCAUCCCUCCUUUGUCGUCGUUGUUGUGUUCCCUGACUUAGUUUCCUAAGGGAAAGAAACAGAUGGGCUUUUCCAGAAAAGCCACCACGUGCCUUCUCCACCCCCCUUCUCCUCCCCUUGCCCUUCGGAGCCUCAGCACUGCUGUUGCCAUGACAACCAUGCGGGGCCCGACUUGCAGCUUCCUGCAGGCCAAAGGUACAGCACUCAGGUGCUGCCAGGGUGGUUAAUCUUGCUUGGCCCCUGUUCUCCAGCGGCCAAAGGGAUAUUUUAUACCUGCUUCGCGGACCUCGAGAUACCCAGGUUGUUGACUGCAGCAAACCAGGGUGGCCACAUUCUAUUCUACCCCCAGCCCGGGGGCUCUGCUCGUUCCUUACUCCCAGCUUUGAGCCUUCCCUCUCAGCACCAUGCCCGCUGCCUUUGUCCCCUUGGGUUUUCUGGAACGGUGCCUUAGGGAGAACCGACAGCCUUUCCUCCUUGCCCCCCACCUACAACCCUGACUCCAGGGUGGACUGUGGGUGAUAAGUGUACGCCUGGGGUUAGGGGGUGGGUUGACUUCCCACUUAACUUUGACUGAGAAAUGAAAAGAAAACUAGUGGAGAAAAGCCAUCUGCUGCUAAACAGAGCGACCAUUUCUGGAGGGUACAAAUGAGGUAUAUAUAGCUAUAUAAAAGCCAUUUUCUAAAUGUUUC